AUGGAUCAGGAAAACACGAUCGCAGAUAAAUCUAAUUCAGACGAUGAGAUAGAAGUAACUGCAACAAUUGCAGCAUCUACUCCAAUCAUCGAUAAUAUCAACCCAAAUAUUAAUAAUAAUUAUAUUUGCUAUAUUACACCGGCACGACAAGGACAAGAAGAAACAAACUUAACUACAUCUCCCUCACCACCGACAAAUCGUUUGCAUCAAUAUAAAACAAUGACAUCGCUUCGUAAAGAUCGAGUACAAGGUCGAAUUCAGUUCGCAGUAUCAGAAAUUGUAGCUUGCAGCCCGAUGAAGAAAUGUAAGCACAACAACGACGGAGAACCAGAUUUUCAGUUUCCACCCUCACCAAUCUUAUCGCUACCAAAACAGCAAGAAAAUGUUCAACCACAACAAACAAAGAAACGACAAGCACCGAUAGAGCCCAACAUUACGAAAUCGUCUAUUACAAUUAAGCCGCCAAACUGGAUGCUACCGGAGCAUGCACGACAGCUAACGGCAAGUAACACCCCUUUAGAUGCCGCACCUAAAGUUACAACAUCGACCUUUGGAAAACCACCGGAACACCCAUCAAAACCGUUACCGCAACGACGGACCACUAAUUACUAUUUUAACCAAAUACCACAAGAAGAGCGUCGAUACAAUGAACGACAGGAACCGAUUCGGCAACGAACAUAUUAUAAUUCGAAUCGCCGGCCACCACCACGAGUAGAAAAAACACGUUUUCAAACCGGCACUGCAUCAAAUUUUAAUUCAUACACAAAUAUUAACAGGUAUGCACCACCACCCCCGCCUGUUAUCCAAAGACAACGGUACCCGCAAAACCCUUCAUGUUCGAUAGGGUUAGCAGCAUCGUAA